AUGACACAGUCAAAUACCCACAACAGGUCCGAGGACCUUGGAUUUCCCAAGUACAUGACAUUUUGCGCAGUGAUAGCUGCGAUCUCGGGUUUCAAUGUUGGCUGGCAUAUCAGUGUUCCCAACAUGCCUGAAGAACUCAUCACCAAAUGUACCGAAGGCACUGAUCCCAUUUCAGGAUUGCCUGCUUGUUUGCCUAUGGAGGGACAAACUUGCUACACUAUCGGUGCCUUCGCUUUGGGUGGUCUUUUCGGUAGUUUGGCUACCAUGUUUACCAACCGCAUCUUUGGUCGUCGUGACAACAUUAUGAUCUCGUGUGGCUGGUUCAUUGCUGGUGGUCUUCUUUCAUCUGUUUCUAUUAACAUUGGCAUGUACUCGGUUGGUCGUGCUUUUGUCGGUAUCGGCGCUGGCAUGUGUGGCUCCUCGGUUGCUAUUUACGUCUCUGAAGUCUCUACCAAGAAGAGUCGUGGUGCUCUUGGCUCGCUCUUUGAAUGUUUCCUCAACUUGGGUAUCUUGCUUACCCAAGUUUGUGGUUUGUACAUGAGCUAUGGUUCCGUUUGGCGUCUUCUUUGGGCCAUUCCCAGUUUCAUUGCCGCUAUUCAGCUUGUCGCUAUCUUGUUCUUGACUGUGGAGUGCCCUCGUCGCUUGUGUGCUAUGCAACAAUAUGAUAAGGCGCGGGACGCCUUGCAACGUCUUCGUGGUGAUGCUGAUAUUGAAAACGAAUUCCAAAUGCUUAUCGAUGCUCGUCAACGUGAAAUCGAAAGUGGUACCAAGAUGAUGAGCAUUAUCGAAGUCCUCAUGUGCAAGAGCCGAAGAGUCUCAUGGCUCACUCUUAUUGUUUGUGUCGUUCAAGCUUACAACCAAGUUGGUGGUGUUGGUCCUAUGUCUGUCUACUCUGUCGGCUUUUUCACUGAUACCUUCAAUGGUGACAAUGACCUUGCUACCAAGAUUUCGCUUGCCAACGCUACCGGUAACUGUGUUGCUACCUUCAUUGCCUUGGCAACCAUGCACAAGGUUGGUCGUAAGGGCUGGAUGUUAAUUUCCUUGCUUGGCCAAACCAUUGCUUCCGUUUUCAUCGUCAUUGCUUCCACCCUUGGCAACUUGCCCGGCCUUGUUAUCACUGGUGCUAUUCUUUUCACCUUCACCUACAGUACCGGUUGUGGUGUUAUUCCAUGGCUCAUUGCUCCCGAAUUGCUUCCACUUUAUGCCUUGCCAGCUGGUUCUGCUCUUGGUAACGCCAGCAAUUGGGCCACCAACUUUAUCAUCAAUACUUGCUGGCCUUCUAUGAACGCUGCUAUGGGCACCUACAGCUUCACUUUCUUUGCUGGUGUCAACGCUUUUGGUUUCCUCUUUGUGUUGUUCUUCAUGCCUGAAACCACCGGCAAGGAUCUUGACCACCAUGAUGACAAGAACGGCUCUACCGCUGAUUCGGAGCAUGAUGUUGAUCACAAGUCUAUUGAACACCAUGUCGAUCAUGUCGAGGUCUCCAAGUGA